GCUCCGCUCUCUCGGAUCGGCUUUAACGCAGCUGUGCGCUCACCGUUAAUUGGCCCUGGCUCCUCUCAGAUCCAGAUCCGCUGCAGCAUGUCGUCCAGCCCGCAGGAGCAGAACCAGGAGCAGAACCAGGAGGUGAAAGAGGAGGUCAAAGAAGAGGGGAAGGCGGAGGAGAAAGACAAUAAAAAUGAGGAGACAGACGAGGAGAAACGAGAGGGGAAAAAGGAGGUGAAGAAGGAAGAGACGAAGGACUCCUGGAAGGAUUUUUUCUACAAUCCGCGAACCGGAGAGCUGAUGGGCCGAACCGCCAGCAGCUGGGGUAACACGCCGCCCGUCU